GGGAGCGCCUGAAUCCAUCUCUCUCUCUCUCCUCCCUGUGUGACGUCGCUCGGUCUGGUCCCGGGGUGCGCUGCUGCUCUCCAGUCCCGUCUCGGCGCCAAACCCACACUUCAGUCGCUGCCUCCGUCCGUCCACACAACCUGCGGUGCGACGCGCGCGUUACGGUGCGGCGAAGGCGCGUUGCAGGCACUCGGUGUCCAUCCUCUUCUUCAUAUUCCGCUUCUUCUUCUUCUUCUUCUACUCCACGCUGCCUGGCUUGUCCCACAUAACGGUGAACUGUUUCCACACUCUGCCUGAAGAAAGAGAGAGAGCGAACCCGAGGCGUUGACUGAGAGGGAGAGGGCGGACAGACGGGGAGACAGAGAGAGAGACAGGAGAAAAAGAAAGAAAGAAAGAGGAGAGAAGUCGCCGCGUAGCUGAAUCUCCACCGAGAAGAUGCUGAGAAUAGCCGGCGUGUUGGCUGUAGUGGCUUUGGGGUUGAGCGCCGCUCACACCAAAGUGAAUAAGCACAAGCCAUGGAUUGAGACGUCGUACCAUGGGGUGAUCACUGAGAACACUGACGUCGUUCUACUAGAUCCUCCUCUGGUGGCCCUGGACAAAGACGCCCCCAUCCCUUACGCAGGGGAAAUCUGUGCGUUCAACAUCCACGGGCUGGAGGCUCCGUUCGAGGCAGUGGUGCUGAACGGUACGUCUGGUGAGGGCCAGCUGAGGGCCCGUGGCCUGGUGGACUGCGAGCUGCAGAAGGAAUACACCUUCAUCAUCCAGGCUCAUGACUGCGGUUCAAGCUCCGGGGGCACGGAGGUCAAAAAGUCCCACAAGGCCGUGGUGCACAUCCAGGUCAACGAUGUGAAUGAGUUCGCCCCGGUUUUUCGGGAGCCCGAGUACCGAGCCGCAGUGACGGAGGGUAAGAUUUACGACAGCAUCCUUCAGGUGGAGGCCACCGACCAGGACUGCUCCCCACAGUACAGCCAGAUCUGCAACUACCAGAUCACCACCACCAACACGCCCUUUGCUAUAGAUCGCAACGGCAACAUCCGGAACACGGAGAAGCUGAGCUACGACCGCCAGCAGCAGUACGAGAUCCAGGUGACGGCCUGGGACUGCGGCCAGAAGAGAGCCCUGCACAGCGUCCCCGUCCGCAUCGACGUCAAGCCCGUCUGCAAGCCUGGCUGGCAAGAUUGGAAUAAGCGAGUGGACUAUGAGCCAGGAACGGGAAGUAAGCAGCUGUUUCCUAAAAUGCACCUGGAGACCUGUGGCGGGCCGCUGUCGUCGGUGAGGACCACCGUGGAGCUGCAGACCAGCCACAUCGGGAAAGGCUGCGACCGCGAGACCUACUCUGAGAAAUCUCUACAGAAGCUCUGUGGGGCCUCCUCGGGCAGCACUGACCUUCUGCCCGCCCCCAGCGCUGCCACCAACUGGACGGCUUCCCUGGUGACCGACAGCGGCAGGGACAGCGACUUGAUCUUCAGGUUUGACGGUCAUCAGGCGGCUAACAUCCCGGACUGGGUGGUGCCCCAGAAUCUGACAGACCAGUUCACCGUCGCAACCUGGAUGAAGCACGGACCCAGCCCCGGGCUCAGAGCCGAGAAAGAGACUCUACUCUGUAACUCCGACAAGACUGAGAUGAACCGCCAUCACUACUCACUUUAUGUCCACAACUGCCGCCUGGUGUUCCUGCUGAGGAGAGACUUCACCCAGGUGGACACCUUCAGACCGGCCGAGUUCCACUGGAAACUGGAGCAGAUCUGUGACAAGGAGUGGCAUUACUACGUCAUCAACGUAGAGUUCCCAGUGGUGACCCUCUACGUGGACGGAGUGACCUACGACCCCUACCUGGUGACUGACGACUGGCCCAUCCACCCGACACAGAUUGACGUGCAGCUCACGGUCGGCGCCUGCUGGCAAGGUGGGGAGGUGACCAAGCCGCAGUUCACUCAGUACUUCCGGGGCAGCCUGUCUGGACUGACCAUCCGACCGGGCAAGAUCGAGAGUCAGAAAGUCAUUUCCUGUCUGCAGGCCUGCAAAGAGGGACUGGACAUCAACUCCCUCGAGAGUCUGGAUAAGAGCAUAAAGUUCCACUUCAACCCGGCUCAGUCCAUCUUGGUAAUGGAGGGAGAGGACUUGGAAAAGGUGAACGCUGCUGUGAGGAAAGUUUCCUACAUAAACUCUCGUCAAUUUCCCACAUCAGGCAUCCGACGUCUGCACAUCUCCACUGCCGUCCAGUGUUUUGGUGAAGACACUUGUAUCACCAUCCCAGACAUUGAUGCGGUGGUGAUGGUGCUGCAGCCUAGUGAGCCCAGGAUAACCAUCACCGGAGUGGAGAGACUGAAUCGGCCCGCCUCCGACUUCAGGGUGCCGGGAGGCACAGCUCUGUUCAAGGACCUCCACCUCAUCAGCACAGUCACCAGAGCAGACGCCACAACACAUCACACAGCACGUCGACCCGGGGUGCAGGAGGAGAUUAUCCAUAACUUGGACUACUGUGAUAUCCUGGUGUUGGGGGAGGAGCUGAGGUCGGAGCAGGAGUCCCUCCAACUGCAGCGCAGCGCUCUGCUCGGAAAACACCUCGACGCCACUAACUCCACCUCUGGCAUUUCCAUAUAUGGUGUGGACUCCAUGUCCAACUAUGAACAGGUGAUCCGACAGGUGCGUUACUAUAGUUGGCGACCCGGACAACUGACGGACAGAAGGUUCCGCCUCACCUGCUCGGAGCUCAAUGGACGCUACACCAGCAAUGAAUUCAACCUGGAGGUGAGCGCUCUUCACAGUGCGGAAGCAAGGGAGCAUGUCAAUCACAUGGUAGCCCCGCCUCAGUACAUGCAGGUGAUCCACCAUCCGUCCAUGAUUCAAGACCUGUACCCCAGCCACGGCUCAGCCAUGCCAAGUGCCGGCACCGUGGUAAUCGUGUUGUGUAUCGCUGCUCUGGUGACGGUAGUGGUGCUGGGCAUCUACCGCAUCCACCUGACCCACCAGCAGGAGGUCAAGCUGGCAGAGACAGCUAAAGAGGCAGACGAGACCUGGGACGACUCCGCUCUGACGAUCACUGUCAACCCGAUGGAGAACCUGAAGGAGCCUCAGGCUGCAGAGGAGGAGGCCAGCGAGGAGGAGGAGGAGGAGGAGGAGGAGGAAGAAGAAGAUGAGGACGACGACGACGACGACGAGGAUGACAUCACCAGUGCUGAGUCAGACGACAGCGAAGACGAAGCGGACGUCCAGCUACCCAGGAUGCAACGCCCGAGCAACAAGGGACAGAACUGGGACAAAACAACGAUAUCUUAUUGAGACACACAUUCACAGUCACUCACACUCGCACACAAGCUGCAACACGUCCAUACUGAAACCUCAAAUCAGACGGUUGAAACAAAAAGACUAUGUGAUGUCGAUGCUCUAAAAAUGAGGUAAUAUCGCCCCCUACUGGAAGACUCCACUGAAAUACAAGGCAAUGAUUUAACCUUAGCCUGGUCAGAAAACCUCCUGUUUUAUACAGCUGAUAAAAGAUAAAUAACGUGACACUAAAACUGCUCGUCGAUCAUAUGACUUUCAUUCGUCUUAAAGGGACAGCUCGCCAAAUUCAGGGCGUCCCCUAAGAGCCGUUUUUCCUCAAAGCAUCUCUCUCCCAUUACAGUCUACACCACAGCUACAGUCUUUAGUGAAAUAAAGUUCUCUGAAUCUCAUUCUGUCGAUUAAACCCUGCACCGUACAUUCAGUUUAAUGUGUCACAUGCUCCACAGUGAGAUCUCUGAUGUCCCAUGGAAAUGCAAAAACAGUCUUUAUUUCAGAAAACUGAGUUGCAAAAGGAAAGAAACGGACUAUUUUCUUGGUUUGUAUACUUCAUGUUAUGUAUCAGUCUUUGUUCUAGCCCACGUGGCACAGCCAGGUGAUUUUUCAGAAAUAGCAUAUUUUCAAUGGUAAUCAAAAAAGAGAAGAACAACCAUCUGUGUGGUCAUGGUAAACUAGCCGAGUGGUCCGGGUUUUGGGGAAAAACGGAGGAGUCUCCUUGUAAAUUUUUGUACGCUCCUCUCUUGUAAAUAUUGAGUAUAGUAGGUGACCCCAUCCUAUCCCACGCCCCACACCCCACACCCCACUUUCUCCACCCUGAAACUGUCCUCCCCACCUGUAUACAGCACACACUCAUCCUGUAUGUACGUACAUCCCCUGAACCCUUCGCCUGCAGGAGUCUCCACUGAACUGACCCCUCAGUCCUCUGUGUUUGUUUCUCGCUCAGUGUUCAGAUCAUUCCAGCUGGAAGCGAGAUCGGCUUGUUAGGACGGAUGUGCCACUGCCUUCACAGUGACUGGGUCAGUUAAAGCUGCACUAGGUAAGACGUUCAUGGAAGGAGACAACUGUCUUAUACUGUUUAAACUAAACCACACAAUCAGAGAUGCCCAAAUGAAAUGUUCAGCAGCGGGGCUACACUAUUAGUACCACAAUCUCAGUACCAGUCAUUAAUGCUGCAUUGCAGAGGUGUGGAUUCCAACUUUCUAGAAGGAAACGUGCAGUGGACCUGUCCCUCGACAGUGGACCUGUCCCUCGACAGUGGACCUGUCCCUCGACAGUGGACCUGUCCCUCGACAAAGUCAAUAGAUGAAAAUACCCAAAUUAGAGCCAGAUUUUUGAGGCCAAUACCGAUAACUACCAAUAAUUAGUUUAAUUCAAACAGUGUGAUUAUUCUGUUCUUUUCAUUGGUUUUAUUUUUAUAAGGAUCCUUUAAAUCAAAGAUGUAAUAUAGUAAAAUAGAGAAUAUAACUAAAACACUAACAACAAAAAUAUAAGGAAAUAUUACAGUUAAAGGCUCAAAUAUUUAAAUGUAUGUAUAUGUAUUCAGCCUCUAUUUAUUUUUGAUUAUUCUAUUUAAUAAGCACUAGUAUAUAGAGCUAUAGUAAAUAGACAUUAAAGCUUAUAUUUUUAUGUUAACAAUGGAUCAAGUGUAAAAUGAGUUAUCCUUCACCUCUAAACAGCAUGUUGAUGUCUUUCACCUCCUUCUGCUUUUAUAACUCGCCGCUUCAAUCUUUUGAUUCAUUCUCUCAUCAACCUUAAUUCCAGUAGCUCUAAUAAAGCCACUUUGAGCUGCUGAGCACCAAAUAACUCACAGAUACAUUUAGCUGCUGGAGUGAGUGGAACAUUUAGCAGCUAAAGAGCUGAAUAUUUAUCCAUCAAGACAGAUGAGAGUGAAUGUUGGACUAGAAACACAACUCCAAAGCAUGCACUUUAAAUGCAACAGAGUGUCACUUUUAUGUCCUUAAUGUCCUAAAGUACACUUUGUGUCAUUUUCAUGACAAUAGUCUAAACUUUAAAGAGCUAAUGCUGCAAAAUACCACUGACACAAAAUAUGCUGUCCCAUGUUGCAAAAUACGAUAUACUAAUAGUUAUUUCUGAUGAGAAUGCACAGAUGCUUUACACCUUAUACCUGCAAGAAACUUCUAACUUUGAAUGAAAUGCAGCAUUAAUGAAAGACAUGUCGGUCUAGGGUGAUGUGGUGGUACUUAAAGCCCUCUUUAUUAGCAGCAAUUGGUGCAGAACAGAAUCACAUAAUUGUGGGAGUGAGAAACAGGUGGCAGCAUCACAUUUUACGUAAUCAGAAAAACCCAGUGGAAGGUUUCUUCACCUUGAAGUGAAAGUUAAUCUGUGGCUGUGGCCGUCCUGAAUCCAGUCCGUCUAACGUUUGAUAGCAAGGAAUCCACCAACAACACGGAGUGUAGCGACGCGUGUAAUGGCUGAAGUCACAAACACUGGAAGGUGUCCUCCUCUAACGUAGUGAGCCUCUGACAGCCGUCCUGUGGGUGUAGCUGCUGGGAGAACCUACUGUCUAUGUGUUUUGUAGCUCUAUGUUCAUGUAAAGAUCUCAUAUGUUGUUUAAGAGUUUUCCUCAUCUACUGUGACACCUGUUCUUGUGACGUCACCUCCCCCCCUUCCCCCGAACCUUUGGUGGAUUUUGCAUCAGCCCGAGCCCUAAUGUUGUCCUGACGUUUGUUUUAGAAAAGGAGGAUGAUGAAAUUAACAUGGAAACCUUGUAAAAUGUGUAAAAGUUUUUUAUUUUAGUUUUGCCUUUUUUUCUCUGGACUCUUUGGUCGGUUUUUCUUUGGAGUGGUCACUGCAGCACUUUCUGUAAAUUGGCCAAUAAAAACUUGUUUUGGAAUCUA